UCCUGUACUCCACACACCAUUUUUAAGGUUACACUAUUUCCGUUUGAUGAAAUUCGUAGCAACGCCAAUCCAACGGGUAAGGUGCCGCGGGUUCGAAGUGCACAUCAAGCGGGACGAUGUGCACUUCUUGUCAGGCAACAAGUUUCGGAAGCUCUUUUGGCUCAUGGAGAAAGAUGCAUCUUACUUUGCAGGUGCCUCACGCAAUGUGAACAACAGUCGAAUCAACGAUGCGUGGCGUGGUAGGCAACCAUCUCUUGAGCUACGGUGGUAUCCAAAGCAACGCUAUGCUGGCGGUGGCGCAACUGGCCCAACAAAAGCAAGUUCCAUUCACUUACUUCACCAAGCCCGUUCCCGCUCAGCUCAUGGACCGCACGAAGGACAUCCAGACCAACUUCAGCUUGGCCAAGGCACUUGGCAUGCAGCAUGUGACUCUAAGCGAGAAUCAAUACGACGUUCUCGCCGACACGCAUGACUUUUCCCCCGUCGCUCCUCCAAACGCAACAACGUGGCUUGGGGUUCCCCAAGGCGUCGCGGUACCAGAAGCCGAGCUCGGGAUUCGACGCCUCGCACACGAACUCAACGAGUAUGCAGAAACCUACGCCAAUAAUGUUGCGGUGGUGCUUCCAUGUGGAACCGGCACCACGGCCCAUUACGUUGCCAAACACGUGCACCCUUCUAUCCACGUGUAUGGCGUGCCAUGCGUCGGAAAUGCGGCUUACUUGCGGCAACAAGUGGCCAAACUCGAAUCAUCUUCAGGGCCGAGCCCUCUACGGGUGCUGGAGCCAAGAAAGCGCGUGGCCUUCGGUACGUUGUGGCGUCCUUUGAUGGAUGUCCAUGCCGAGGUGCUUGAGGACACUGGAGUCGAAAUUGACUUGGUAUAUGGAUGCCUUGCGUGGGAUACCAUGCUGCAUGCGUUGCACCUGCUCCAGUCGUUUGAAGGCCGGGAAGUCGUGUACGUCCAUUGUGGAGGUCUUAGCGGGAACGCCAGUCAGCUCGAACGCUAUAGAAACAAAUACAAGAACAUGUAAGCUUACCUGUUUAUACUGCUAUUGAUACUGUAGUAAUGCUUUAAAAAAGCAGAAAAAAAU